UAGCCCGUGGAGCGGAGACGGGCUCAACUGCGUAGGCUCCGUCUCCGCGUAUAGCUUUGAUGGUUUGUAUGGCUGUGGCUAGACCCGACCGUAGCGCCCGGUGUUUGGGCAUGACAUCGGUCAGGUAGGACCUCGAGAAAUGUGAACUCUUUCCCUGUAUAUGUACUUUUUGCCUCAUCCCGUCCCGUCUCAUCAAGACACUGCUCGCUUUCUUCGUGGAAAAAGUACCUUGCUUGUGCAUCAUCUUCUCAGCCUGCCCCUUCUUACAACAUCUGCCUUCCCUCGACCAUCUCUCUCGUUGGUCAGCACCUCACGAGCAACAAAUCAAAUACCACACCCGGGAAGGACUUUUGAACCCGACGGACCGGACCACUACGUUCACCUCUCCCUCUUCCUUUCGGCGUCGCCCUGCCUGUCUUACCUAACCUCCCACACCUUACACAAGACAGACAUAGCCCACGACCCAUAUACCAGCUUGCUGUCGUCAGCAUUCCUUUCUCACUUUCCUACUGUUUUUGAAGCCGAAUCCCCAAGACAAAGAUACUUGGAAUACAACUGGUCGAGUUCGCUAUCCGCAGACAGUUGUACCUGUCACUCUCACACUCAUCAUCGCCAACACCAUGACAGGCAACGACAAUCCCGGCCGUCCCGGGCCACCACCAGUACCGCCUAGAUCACCUUCCAGACUGUCUAGACAGCGGUUGUCUUCACAGCCGCAACAGUCAGAAGCUCAGCAGCCACCGUCAGACGGCCCGCGUAGGACAAACGCAAUCCCAACCCAUGAAGAUCUCAUGGCAGGCGAGGACGAGAACCUGGAUGUAGCCCCCCCGGCUUACGGAGAAGGCGAGCACCAUGAUCAGCUACAGCUCUCGCAAAACGGAUUCGCUGCCGACGCCGCUGUAACUUCCGACUAA